AUGCCGGAACAGCCAUCUAAUGUAUGCCCCGUGCAUGGGUGCUCCAUUUUGUCAGACCGCUACCUUAACCGUGGUACUGCCUUUACCUUGGAGCAGCGGAAGCAGCUGCACAUUCUCGGUUGCCUGCCACCUGCCGUUGAGACACUGGAGGAGCAGAUCGAGCGUGUGUAUAUGCAGAUGAAGGGCUACGAAAAGCCCAUCAACCGCUACCAACAUCUUGCUGCCAUUCAUUCGACGAAUACAACGCUGUAUUACGCCACUAUUCUGAAACAUCUGGAGGAGACGCUGCCCAUCAUUUACACGCCGACAGUCGGUGAGGCGUGCCAGAACUUUGGCCACCUUUUCUUCCGGGAGCGCGGACUGUACUUCAACCGCCUGUACAAGGGCAUGUUCCAGCAGAUCAUGCAGGAUGCAAACUACAAGAAGGUUGAUGUGGUGGUUAUCACUGACGGUUCUCGUAUUUUGGGAUUGGGUGAUCUUGGCUCAAAUGGCAUCGGUAUCAGCAUCGGCAAGUGCUCCUUGUACGUGGCUGGAGCAGGCAUUGCGCCACAGAAUGUUGUUCCUGUCUUACUGGAUGCUGGCACCAAUACAGAGAAGUACCUAAAGGAUGCCAAGUACCUUGGCAUGCGAGAGAAUCGCCUCAAUGACGAAGAUUUCUACGCCCUUCUUGACGAGUUUAUGGAUGCAGCCCAGAAGCAAUGGCCCAACGCCGUCAUCCAGUUUGAGGACUUCAGCAACAACCACUGCUUUGACAUAUUGGAGCGCUACCAAAACAAGUAUCGCUGCUUCAAUGAUGACAUUCAGGGCACGGGUGCUGUUAUUGCCGCCGGCUUCCUUAACGCAGUGAAGCUGUCACAGGUGCCACCGCUGCAGCAACGCAUUGUUGUCUUUGGUGCUGGCUCUGCCGCUGUUGGUGUUGCAAAGAACAUCGCUGAGCUUACCGCUCGGAUGUACAACGUCCCUGUGGAGAACGUUCUCAAGACGUUCUACCUUGUGGACACCAAGGGCCUCGUCACAAAGACGCGCGGUGACAAGCUGGCCGCACACAAGGAGCUGCUUGCCCGCACCGAUGUCUCUGCAGAGGAGUCGGCGAAGCUGCAGACGCUUGAGGCGGUUGUGGACUUCGUGAAGCCCACCACACUGCUCGGUCUUGGUGGUGUUGGUCCCGUCUUCACAGAGUCGAUUGUACGGGAGGUGAUGAAGCACACUGCACGCCCCAUCAUCUUUCCGCUCUCCAAUCCAACGAGCAAGGCGGAGGUGAUACCCGAGAACGCGUACAAGUGGACUGACGGCGCCGCCAUCAUCGCGUCCGGCAGCCCAUUCCCACCAACAACAAUUGGCAACAAAACGUACAAGCCAUCACAGGGCAACAACUUGUAUGUGUUUCCCGGCAUUGGCCUCGGCUGUGCAUUGGCGCAGCCCACACACAUCCCUGACGAACUGCUCAUCUCCGCCUCACAGUGCCUCAACGCUCUGGUGUCGGAGGCCGACCUGCAGGCGGGACAGCUGUACCCACCGCUGGAGGACAUCCACAACAUUUCUGCCCACAUCGCGGCGGACGUCAUUCUCGAGGCCCAGCGACUCAAGAUUGACCGAAACACAACACUCCCACGCACUCGUGAUGAGUUGUUGGCGUUCGUGAAGAAGUCCAUGUGGAAGCCGGUGUACCCAUCGACUGUGUGUUAA